AUGAAGGAUUAUGAGGAUAAAGAUGAGAUAAGUAUUUUGGAUCCAGAAGAUGAGCAAUCGAUCCCAAAGAACUAUCAACACAACUUGGCCUUGGCUUUUGCUGUACAAGAGAUCAAUGAGAAUCCCAACAUCUUACCAAACAUCACUUUGGGCUUCCACAUCUUCAACAGCUACUACAAUGCAAAGAUGACCUAUAAAGCCACCCUGAGCUUGCUUUCUUCCCAGCACACGUUUGUCCCCAAUUUCAAGUGUGAGACACAGAGCAAUCCAAUUGCAGUCGUUGGAGGACAGAGUUCAGAAACGUCUAUCCAUAUCGCCAACACAGUCGCCAUUUACAAGAUGCCCCAGCUCACUUAUGGAUCAUUUUCCCCAGUGCAGGAUAACAAAUUGCUAUUUGCUUCCAUGUAUCAGAUGGUCCCCAAUGAAGCCACUCAAUAUAUGGGAUUUAUCCGGUUAUUUCAUUACUUCCAAUGGACAUGGACUGUGCUGAUCGCUGUAGAUGAUAACAAUGGGGACAGGUUCUUGCAGACUGUGGUGCCAAUUCUUUAUGAGAGUGGCAUCUGUUUUAAUUUCACAGUAAGAUUACCACAACAGACUUACUUUGAAGAUGUGGUAGAUGUGCUUUUAAGGCAUCAAAAGUAUUUUACUAUUUACACUCACAGCAAAGCCAAUGUGUGUUUUGUAUAUGGAGAGAACUCAUCCAUGUUCAUUAUGAGACUGUUGUUGUUUCUAGGUCCCUUCAUUUCAUUUCCUCCCCUGCAUAAAGUGUGGAUUGUCACAUGCCACUGGGACUUUGGAUCCGUUUCUUUCCAAAGGGCUUGGGAUGUAGAAACCUUCCAUGGUGCUCUAUCUCUUGCAGUUCACUCCAAUCAGCCACCAGGAUUCCAAACAUUCCUGCAGUCGGUAAGCCCUUCCUGGGCAAAAGGAGAUGGUUUUAUGCAGUACUUCUGGGAGCAGGCAUUCAGUUGUUCACUGAGGGAUCCAGUUGUUCAUGGGGACAUCAAGAAAAUGUGCACUGGUGAGGAGAAGCUGGAUUCUAUUCCACUCAUUUUGUUUGAAAUGAACAUGACUGGCCACAGCUACAAUGUCUACAAUGCUGUCUAUGCAGUGGCCCAUGCUUUGCAUGCCAUCUACAUAUUCAAAUCUAAAUACAGGACAACUGAAGAAGUAAGGAGUCCAGAGUUCUAUAAUCUGCCACCAUGGAAGCUGAAUUAUUUUCUAAGGAGCAUCAUGUUCAACAACAGUGCUGGAGACACUGUUUGUUUUGAUGAGAAUGGAGAACUGAAAGCUGGUUUUGAUCUUACAAACUGGGUAACGUUUCCAAAUGGAUCUUUUGUGAGAGUAAAAGUUGGUAGAUUGUAUCCUUGGGCUUCUCGAGGCAAAGAGCUGACCCUUAAUGAUGAUCAAAUUGUAUGGCACAGAACCUUUAACCAGGUGGUACCCCUUUCCGUCUGCAAUGAAAAUUGUCAUCCUGGCUAUAGCAGGAAAAAGAAAGAAGGGGAGGCAUUUUGCUGCUAUGAUUGUAUUCCAUGUCCAGAAGGGACAAUUUCUAAGGACAAGGACAUGGAUGCCUGUGUCAAAUGUCCACAAGGCCAUUAUGCCAACAACAAUCAAAAUCAAUGCAUCCCCAAGGUCCUAAGUUUCCUCUCUUACAAAGAACUAUUAGGAGCCACCUUAGCAAUAUUAGCUAUUUCUUUCUCUUUGAUCACCGCGUUGGUGCUUGGAAUUUUCAUAAAAAACCAGGGAACACCCAUUGUCAAAGCUAACAACCGGAGCCUCACCUACAUUCUCCUUGCCUCCCUCCUGCUUUGCUUCCUCUGCUCUUUCUUUUUCAUUGGAAAGCCAGGAAAGGUGACCUGCCUUCUCCGACAGACUACUUUUGGGAUUGUCUUCUCUGUGGCCCUUUCCAGCGUAUUGGCCAAAACCAUCACUGUAGUCUUAGCAUUCAUGACUACCAAACCAGGAUCCAAGAUAAGGAAAUGGGUUGGGAAAAGAAUGGCCAAUUCUGUUGUCCUUUUCUGCUCCUUUAUUCAAGCAGGCAUUUGUACUCUUUGGCUAAGUACUUCUCCUCCAUUCCCUGAUGUGGACAUGCAUUCAAUUACAGAGGAAAUCAUCCUGCAAUGUAAUGAGGGCUCUGCUAUCAUGUUUUAUUGUGUCUUGGGCUAUAUGGGCUUCCUGGCCAUUGUCAGCUUCAUAGUGGCUUUUCUUGCCAGGAAGUUGCCAGACAGUUUCAAUGAAGCCAAGUUUAUCACGUUCAGCAUGCUGGUCUUUUGCAGUGUUUGGCUGUCCUUUGUUCCAACCUACCUGAGCACCAAAGGGAAAUCCAUGGUGACUGUGGAAAUUUUUACCAUCUUGGCCUCCAGUGUGGGCUUACUGGGUUGUAUCUUUUGCCCUAAAUGCUAUAUCAUUGUGCUGAGGCCUGAGCUGAACAAUCUGAAGGAAGUGAGGAGGAUGGCUCAGUUUAACAAAAUAUGUCCAAAAAAGGACCAGAUAGUUAAUAAGGACAAGUUGUCAGAACCACCAAGCUUUUCUGCUGGUAAAAAAGUAAGGAGGCAUGUUCUUUGA